GCCCUCUCCCGAUGUGGCAGUCCGUCUCUCAGCUGUUUCUCCCGGAAGCUCCGAUCACUGUGACCCAGGGCCAGCUCUCACCGUCCGGGGCCCCACUCCCUGCCAGGCCUCCGCCCGCUCUCCGUACCGAGCUUCCGCCUGCUGUGCCCGCUCCCGCCGGGUCAAUGAGCCGCUCUCUGCGCCCAGCGCCGGGCCCGGGCCGAUGGACACCAACGACCUGUUCAGCAGCUGCAGGAAGGGAGACCUCUUCAGAGUACGAUACCUUGUGGAGCAGAGAGACGUGGAACUGAAUGUUCGUGACAAGUGGGACAGUACUCCCUUAUACUAUGCCUGUCUUUGUGGACAUGAAGAACUUGUUCGUUACCUUUUAGCCAGUGGUGCGAAGUGUGAGGUGAACACAUUUGACGGUGAGCGCUGUUCGUAUGGCGCACUAAAUGACACCAUCCGCAGGGUGCUUAAAGAGUACAAGCAAAUUACAGCAAAGUGCAUGCAGCGUGAUUACUAUGAUGACUUCUUACAAAGACUCCUGGAGCAAGGAUCUUACAGUGACACCAUGUUCAUUGUACACAGGGAGUCCUUUUGUACUCAUCGUUGCAUUCUCAGUGCACGCAGCCCGUAUUUUGCAGAAAUGUUUGAGACCAAGUGGAAGGGCAAGAAGGUUAUUGAACUGAAGCACCCGCUGAUUAACCCAGCUGCAUUUGGCUCCAUUCUACAGUAUCUUUAUACAGGCCGUAUGGACAUUGACGUGGAGCACGUUGAGGACUGUAAGAGACUGGCAAAACAGUGCCAGCUGCAAGAUCUCAUUGAUGAGCUAGAAGAAAAGUGUAAAAAGGUGUAUGAGUUUGUAUCCUCCAAGCCUGGAACAUGUGUAAAAGUUCUGACGGUGGAACCGACUGGAAACUGUCGCUUGCAGGAUGAUCUAGCUAUGUUAGCUGACUGUGCCAUGCCUUCUGAGCUUAGGGUUGGAUUUGGGGAGCUGCCGUUUGACAGCACUGAUAACUUCAGCAGCUACCCAGAUGUGUGCUUCCAGAUUGAAAAUUACAAUUUCCUGUGUCACAAGUGUUUUUUCUGUGGCCGGAGCGACUAUUUCAAGGCACUGCUGGAAGAUCAUUUCUGCGAGAGCCAGGAGCUGCAAGCCCAACCAAGCAUCCCAGUACUCACCCUUCACAACAUCACCGAGGAGACCUUUCUGCGCAUCUUGUAUUAUAUUUAUAGCGAUGACACUGAGCUAUCCCCAGAGAAUGUGUAUGAUGUGCUUUGUGUGGCUGACAUGUACUUACUGCCUGGCUUAAAACGCCUCUGCGGGAAGACUUUAGCACAGAUGUUGGAUGAAGACAGUGUUAUUGGCAUCUGGAAGGUGGCAAAGCUCUUCCAAUUGACACGGCUGGAGGAUCAAAGCACUGAGUACAUGGCCCGUGUAAUAGAGAAGUUGGUUGAUUCUGAGGAAUUUGCAGGUGCAGUCCAAGAAGAUGCACAAGCUGUUGAAAAACGUCAAGAGACUGACUCCAUCCCACUGAUUGAUGACAUCCGCUUCCAUAUAACAAGCAACGUGCAAACCUACAGCGCCAUAGAGGAGGCUAACCAGAGACUUGAGGCCUUAGAGAAUCUGUUGGCUAAUUUAGGGCUUGAAUGCUAAGCAGCUAUACAAACUAUUAAGCCACUAUAUCCCGGCAGCUUGAGGGGGUGUGUGUGUCUUAAAUCUGAAAAUGUGUCAUGGACUUGAGUGUUGGAGUCCAGUCCCAUACUCCAAGCUCAGUGAAGGGUUAUGGAUCCUAUCCUCCCAAGCGGCUUUUACAUAGAUACCUCAAGUCAUUUUAUUUACCUGUAUCUUACAACACCAUGAAAUAAACACAUGUAGAGCCCAAAACAUAAUGUACAUCAGCUGUUCUGAUAUAGCCAUGUGCUCUGAUUACCCAGUGCUACACAAAUUGCUGAGCCCUUACUAAAGUGGCCUACUGCUGUGUAGUUUAAUGAAGGGCAAGUAGUUUCAUAAUCAUAAACUUUACAAGUCUAUGAGGUUUACAAAGCAUUUUCCCUAAGUAUAGAAAGUGUUCUAGCCAUGGUUGGUUUUUGUGUCGAAGGACACACGAAGGUUGUUUUGUGCAGUCCAUCAGAGGGGUGCUUCGCAUUGCUUGCUCUUGUUACUGAGUGAAAUGUUGUAGCAUUUAUUUGACAUGCACACUGCUUUUGUUGUGAAAGCGAUAAAUACAGCUGAAUUCA